CUCCGCGCCCCCGGCCCUGCUCCGCCGCCGGGAAGAUGGCGAGCCCCGGCCUCCGCCUGCUGCUCCUCGGUUACUUGGGGGUCCUGAGCUAUCCUGAAGUGUCCGGAAUUUCCAUUUUAACAGAUAACGAAAACGUAAAAGCAGAGGAGUUUAAGGAGGCGAUUCUUAGUUGCAAACACAAAUCUUCAAAAGGGAUGAGCUUAAGAAUAGAAUGGAAGAAAAUCCAGCCUCAAGGAGUCUCAUUUGUCUACUACAAUGGUGAAUUUACAGGUGAUCUUCGAGGCCGAGCAGAGAUGCUGAACCCAGGAAUCCGAAUUAGGAAUGUGACUAGAAGGGAUUCUGGGACCUACCGCUGCGAAAUCAGUGACAAGAGUGAAGGGCAUCCACGCCUGCAAGAGGCUGUAAUUACCCUCACAGUGUUGGUUGCUCCAACUACUCCGGUGUGUGAUGUGCCGAGCUCCGCGAUGACGGGAACAGUGGUGCAGCUGAGCUGUAAGGAGACUGAGGGCUCUCCUCCAUCUGAGUACCAGUGGUACAAGAACGGUGUUGCCUUGCUGGAAAAGACAGGAACAGGCAGUGCUAGAACACCAAAUAUAACUUACACCAUGAAUAAGAAGUCUGGCACUUUGCUAUUUAACACGGUUACAAAGAAUGACACUGGAGAGUAUUUCUGUGAAGCCUCCAAUGGGAUUGGAUUAUCUCAGAGAUGCUCAGUGAAGCGAAUGCAAGUCGAUGACCUGAAUGUAAGUGGUAUCAUUGCUGCUGUAGUAUUUGUGGCUCUGGUAAUGGCACUGUGUGGCCUUGGAGUAUUUUAUGCCCAAAAAAAAGGCUACUUUGCAAAGGAAAGCUCUUCCCAAAAGAAGACGAACUAUCAAUCUACAAGUGAAAAGGAUUUCAAGCAUACCAAGUCCUUUGUUAUUUAGAAGAUUUCAGCCUCUGUGAGGGACGUCAAAAGAAUACUUGUUAUACAAAAAUAUCAAAGUCUCCUGGUUUCGACUGGGAUAAUUUUCUUCCUAGUAGCUGGUACAGUGCUGUGUUUUGGAUUUCAUGUGAGAAUAAUGUUGAUAACACGCUGAUGUUUUUGUUGUUGCUAAGUAGUGCUUACACAAAAUCAAGGACUUCUCCGUGUCUCAUGCUUGGCCAGUGAGGAGGUGCUCAAGAAGCCGUGAGGGAGCACGGCUGGGACACCUGACCUGAGCUGGCCAAAGGGAUAUUCCACACUGUACAUCAUCAUACCCAGUCUGUAAACUGGGGAAGUUGGCUGGGAGGGGCCAAUCACUGCUGGGGGACAGGCUGGGCAUCAGUCAGUGGGUGGUGAGAAACUGUGUUGUACAUCACUUAUCUUUCUUGGCCUUUACUCCUCUCUCCUUUUCAUUACAAUUAUUAUUGUUGUUAUGAUUAUCAUUAGUAUUAUUAGUAUAAUUAAAUUUUACUUUGUUUCAAUUAUUAAACUGCUGUUACCUCAACCCACAAUUUUUACUUUUUCUUUCCCAGUUCUCCUCCCCACCAGGGCUGGGGUGGGGGGCAGUGACCGAGUGGCUUCGUGGGGCUGAGUUGCUGGCUGGGCUUAACCCACAACAGUCCUUUUUGACACCCAGCAUGUGACUCAAAAGGGUUGAGAUAAUGACAGAUCUGAUCAGAGCGUGUUAAAACAAAUUUGUUAUACGCGUUCAUUGCGUUGGUUUAAUAGUUGCUGGUCACCAUGUUGAUUUGUUUGCUCUGGGCAUGGGCUAGGUUGUCAUUGUGGUGUUCUUUGUCGUACCGGCUUGUGAUAUGAAUGAGUGGCUGGCCGUGAGCCUCGCCUGGUGCGUGUCCUAUCCGCCCCUCGGGAGCCAUCUGGAGGAAAUUAUCCACAAUUACAUUUAUUGCCUUUUUCCCUCGGAGAGCCAGUCUGCGGGAUAAAACACCUUCUUUCCCCUCCAGGAUGAUUACAGUAGUGUUUGAGAAAUCUGAAGACUUUCAGUAUCCUUUUACCACCCUUGAAACCAGCCUGGUCCUUUCACUGGCAACCAACAUAUUGUUGCAUGUGGUCCAGGUCGUCUUUAGGGUUAAGCAACAAUCAGUGGCUACUCAAACCCCGGCCAAAAGUGUUGCGGCUACUUAAAAUCCAGCAACACCUACUGUGCCUUCACAGACUCCAGUGACAGGCCAACAAGACCAAGAGGCAACCACUCAGUCCUUAUCCCUGAGUGAGCUGUGGGAUAUACAAAAAGAUUUCAGCCAUUGUCCCAGUGAGUGCAGGACCACCUGGCUGUUCCAGUGCUGGGAUAAUUGGGCUAACAGUUUGGAGUUAGAGGGUAGGGAAGCCAAGCAGCUGGGAUCACUUUCUAGGGAAGCAGGUAUUGUUGAGGUGAUUGGAAGAGGGACACAAGUCCUCGGCCUCUGGAGACGACUCCUGUCAAGCAUGAAAGAAAAGUACCCCUACAAGGAAGAUGUUCUGUGUUGCUCAGGCAAGUGGACAGCAGUAGAGAAAGGUAUCCCGUGCCUGAGGAAAUUAGCCGUGCUGAGAUGAUUUAUUUUGACCUGAACAACGCGGAGUUCCCCACAGAUCCAGACCGAGUCCUGUGCAUACAACCCAUGUGGCAGAAAUUUGUAGGAUACCCUGUGGUUUUAGCUGAGGGCCCACAGAGAGUACAUGAGGAAUUGAGAUGAAAGACCUACCUCAACUCUAGAGACAUGAAUUGCAAGAGAAAACAAUCCCAAAUGGGAGUUCUUCCAGGAAAGUUGCUGCUUCAGUCUCCAGUGGACAGUUUUCCAGGCAGAGUGGAAGGGCUGAAAUUACUCUUGAUCCUAUGGAAAGAAAUUCUAAUCUGCUUCUUCAGGAACUAAGCUUUCUUAGGCAUUGUGGGUUUUCAGAAAAUGCAGGUUCCAAACUACAGUCUGAUUGUAAGCCCUUUCUAUCAAAUGACUCCGAGAAAUUGUUUCACAUGGGGCCCUGAGCAACACCAAGCCUUUGAACAAAUUAAACAAGAAAUACUUGGAAAACACUCGUAGACAGGUGGGCCAGAGAACAUGGCAUUGAGUGGGUAGAUUGUAUCCCCUACUGUGCACACUUGUUAAGGCAGAAGGAUGGGGAAGUCUGGGUUUGAUUUUGAGUGAGAACAGCCCAAUGAAUUUAAUUGUGUGAUGUUAAUUGCUAUAUAACACUGUGUAUUAUCACUUCUGUAUCAACUGUGUGCCCACCAUUGCCUGGGCACCUCAUAGUGCCUGCUUCCACCACUCCAGAUUUCGGGAUCCAAACCCAAGUCCCCUUCAGUCGUGACAUUAAGAAUGAACUUUGAUGAAACCAGACAAGCACAGCAGUGAUGGAAUCAGAAUUGGCUUCAACAUGCAACAAUCCAACACCACGCACCAUCUUUCCUGCCCUGAGACACUGUUAUGACAGAUGGAGCCAAAAGUCAUGGACUAAGUGAACUCAAUGGACUUCUACAGGGAUCGUCUAUAGACCAAGGAAAUGAUAUCUGUGUAUCUAUCAAAAGACAGGAAAGGUGGUGAUGUAUUGGAAAGUGCAGGACCUGGCAUGAUAUAAAUGGUAUGGAAAAAGCAGUAGAUACUGUCCUGGUUUCAGCUGGGAGUUAGUUUUCUUCCUAGUAGCUGGUACAGAGCUGUGGAUUCAGCAUAACAACACACUGAUGUUUAGUUGUUGCUCAGUAGUACUUCCCUGAGUCAAACACUUCUCAGUGACUGAUGCUCUGCCACCAGGCAGGUGUACAAGCCAUGAGGAACAGGGCUAGGACACCUGACCUGAACUGGCCAAAAGGAUAUUCCACACCACAGACUGUCGUGCCCAGUAAAUAAACUGGGGAAAGUGGCUGGGAGGGGCCAGUUGCUGCUGAGGGAUGGUGAUGAGCACCUGUGCUGUGCAUCACUUGUGUUUCUCAUGUUUUAUCUCUCUCUCCCUCUCUCUCCAUUACAAUUAUUAUUACUUUGUUUCAAUUUACCUGUUCUUAUCUCAACCCCCUAGUUUCGUUUCCAAUUCCCCUCCCCAGGGCAGCGGGAAGGGGAUGGGGAGUGAUCCAGGAGCUGCGGGGUGCUUAGUUACGAGCUGGGGUUAAACCACAACACAAAGGGAUCUUUUGACCUCUACGCUGUAAAUAUUGUUUCCACAUCUUACAAACUGAAAAUAGAAACUGCCAGUGUUCAGAUCUAGUCAACCUAACUGUCUGUGAUGGCAUUUAAAAAAAAAAACAAACCCUGGAAAAACUAUAAAUUAACUUGUAUAUUGAAUCUGUGUGACGACUUCUCAUUUUGUUCACAUAUACAUGCAGCAAUACAAGAUUCACUCUUGCAGCUUGGAACAACCUACUCAAGUAACUUCCACAGAUGACCUUACCAGUACUUCUACUACUUACAUCUCUACCAUUGUCAAGGGCUCAAACUCUCCUGCAAUUCUGAUUUACUAGGACCUUGAAAUUGUAUUAGAUUUGCCAAAUCCAUCUAUAAGUCUGUAGCUGUGCAGAAUUAAACUCACUAUCCUGACAGAAUAAACCUUCCUCUAAUUAAGGCU